UUCACAUGUACAAUUGAAUGUUUAAGAUCGAAGUUAAGAAAUAAUGUCGAAGUCACAAUCAAUUUCGGUAUUGAGAAACUAUCAUGACUGCGAUUUGGCAAGAGGAUCUGAAAGCUAUCUUCCAGGAUUACCAACUCAUGCAGCUUCCUGUGCUAAAUGGUGUAGACACCUGAGGAAAUUUAUGAUUUUAGAUAAGAAACACCGCAAGUCAAAGCAGGUAUUUCGGAGUUACUCGGCAAUAAUGACAGAGAGAAAAAGGCAUGCACUUGGGACACAUGGUUUUAUAAUACAUCCCUUCAGUAUAUUCGCCAUAUACAGAGAGCAUAUGUUGUGUAUAUUAUGGAUGAUAUCUUUCGCCCUAGAUCCUUAUAAUGUCAGUUUUCACCAUACCGCCUAUUUCUCACCGAUAAGCCUGCCGAUCCAGAUGUUUGUAGAUCUCUUAAUAUUCAUCAAUAUCAUAUUAGAGUUCUUCGUUGGCUAUUACGUACCCAUAACCAAAGAGAUUGUACUAGAACCAAAAAAUAUCCGACUGAGAUAUUUGAGGACAUAUUUUUUCAUAGAUUUAUUUUCAUGUUUACCGUACUACCAUAUAUGCUUGUUAUUUGGUUUGAUCACCAUGAACUCCCGAUUUGAUUUCGUUGGAAUGAUCAAACUGAUCAGAAUAAUCCGUUUGAAUACCAUGAGCGCUUUCAUGAGAGACCUCUUUCUAGAGAUAAAAAUGGGAGAAUCGGCUAUUAAAUGGGUCAAGAUCUUCCUGAAGACUGUGUAUCUUAUACAUUGGUGGGCGUGCAUCUUCCACGGAUUCCCUAUUAUGUGGAGCCACGGAUUUUCCAGACUGACCGAAGAUUCGUGGCUGAUAAGAGCAGACUUAUACAAGGAUGAUGUCGAUAUAUCGAUGAGUUACAGGUACCUUGUUUGUUUGCUGACAGCAACGAGUCAUUUUUAUGGAGCUAGCGAUGCCAAUCAGCAUUUCAUAGAACCUAUAGAGAAGGUUAUGGCUUCCAUUUGCCUAGUAACUGGUUUUGGUUAUUGUUCAUAUUUCGCUGCCAAUUUUUUGCAAAUAUUCGGCUCCAUCAACAUCGCAGACAGUAAGUACGACGAGUUGAUUUACCAGUUGGAGGAGUAUAGCAGAGUUAAAAAGUUACCAGAAGAUUUGCAACAGCGACUAAAGGCAUAUUACGAAUAUAAAUUCCAAAAAAAAUUCUUCAAUCAAGAGGCUAUUUUGAACACUUUAUCCGAACAUCUUCGUUAUGAAAUUCUUCUUUUCAAUUGCCGACAUAUAAUAGAAAAGGUUAUGGCUCUCCAAGGAUUAUCCAAGAGUGUUGUAGGAGGACUCAUAGCCAACUUUAAGUUAGAGGUGUAUUUACAGAAUGACGUGAUAAUAAAACAUGGUGAUCCUCCUUUCAAGAUGUAUUUCAUCUCUCAUGGGACAGUUGCCGUUUUUUGGUCUAAUGGACAAGAACUAACCCACCACGAAGAUGGAGAUUUCUUUGGGUCGCUUCAGGAACCAAGCAUUGUGAGUGUUGUGGCCGCAGAAAUAACAGAAACUUUUUCUAUGGACGUGACGGACGCUAGAUACAUAUUCAAGUUGGAAAAAGAAGUAUCUGACAGGAUGAGUCAGUUGCAAGCUUCGAAGCAGGCAGAGUAUCGUAGUUUGGCUCAGAUGCUAGAGGAGAGUGAGGGCAAAAGUGUAUUGAUGGAAUUGAGAAGAGGAUAUAUCUUAGAGAAACGACAUUACAGAUGAAUAUUGAUU